GAUAAAACACAACGUUACUAACAGGCUCCUCCUCAAACUGUUUGAUCACUUGAGCUCGCAAUCUUGCCGGCAUCAUCGCCAUCCCUCUCAUCUCCAUAUACGCGAUUCAACCCCCUCUUGCUUUCGCUAAUAUGUCCUCUCGGCUGCAGCAACCCGACUCCCGCACGGAGGAACAAAAAAUGCUCGCCGGCGACCUCUACCUCGCCAGCGACCCAGCCCUCCUCGCCAAGCGCAACACCGCCCUCCGUCUCUGCAAGAAGUUCAACGAUUCCGACCCCGAAGAUGCAGCCGGGUUGAAGGCGAUACUUGAUCAGCUGUGUGGAGGGAUUGGGAAGGAUGUAGUGAUUUUGCCACCUGUGCGGAUGGACUAUGGAUGCAAUACGUAUAUAGGCGAACGGGUCUUUAUGAACUUUGGUGCGGUGAUUCUUGAUACCUGCCGCGUAACGAUUGGGAACGACGUGCUGUUUGGGCCAAAUGUGUCGCUGCUAUCUGCGACGCAUCCCGUUGACCCCGCCGUACGCCGCAACUGGGGUCCCGAGCUCGGCAAACCCGGCGUCACGGUGGGCGCUGGCAGUGUCGUAACGAAGGAUGUGGAGGCGUAUACUGUGGUUGCGGGUAAUCCGGCGAGGGUUAUCAAGAGGUUGCCGAGGCCUGAUGGGGAGUGAGGUGAGGAUGAAUUGGGGAGUGGAUGCAGAUUAGCUGCUUGCGACGCAUGGUUGGACUCUUCAAAACCUGUGUAGCGGGGUAGAGUUUCGGCGUAGAUGCCACUGGACGUUUUGGACUGCGAGAUUUGGGCGUAUGAUGGGAACGUCGAGGCAAUUGUUGGACAAUGAAAUCAUAU